UAAGAUACAGCUUUAUUGUGACUUCCGUCAUUAUCAAAUACUGACGUUAAAAUAAUUUGAGAACAUGAAGUACGUUUGGGUGUUAUUUUUAGCGGUUUUUGUAGCGCAUUCUCAAGCGUUCAAGUUUACGAGAUGCGGAUUGGUUCGGGAAUUGAGGAGGCAAGGGUUUCCUGAGGACAAAAUGAGGGACUGGGUCUGCCUCAUAGAGCACGAGAGUGGACGGCGUACCAAUGUCGUAGGACCGAGAAACAAGAACGGUUCCUACGAUUACGGACUAUUCCAGAUUAACGAUGGAAUCUGGUGUAGCAAUUCCAACACGCCUGGAAAGGAUUGUAAUGUUAAGUGCUCAGACCUCAUCACAGAUGACAUCACAAAGGCUUGCACAUGUGCGAAGAAAAUCUUCAGGAUCCAAGGCUUCCUAGCCUGGUAUGGCUGGCGAAACCAUUGCACGCACCCGAGCGAUCUUCCCGACAUCAGUAUGUGCUAAAGAGAAUAUGUAAAUGAGGUAUAAAUGUACCUAUUAAAAAUUCAUAUUGAAGUCGGCUUUAAGGACCCUGAAGUAGGCUAUGUCUCAAGUAUCCUGUAGGUACACGACCGUGUAUUCUAAGUGUACUUCACUUAAUUUUAUCUCUCUGUACAAAGUUGUUGUUGUUCUUUGUAAUGUUUAUUAAAUUAAAGUUUGUUGCUUCUGAUAAUUAUAUUCACUCUGAAACAGAUUUUUUGUCAGAGAAUUCAUUGUGAAAAGAUGCUACAAAAGGACAGAUAUUAGUACUUCAACCUGCCUGUGUCCUCUUGAGUACUAUUAAGAAGCAAAUCUUUUGAAUAAAAGCAGAAUUAAACGUUU